UUUUUUUUUCUUCUUUCUUUCUUUCUUUCUUCCCUCCUUCCUCUCUCUCUCUCUGGUUUGAUUCAAGAAGAGCUGGAGUUCUCCUACGCAAGUAAUCUCCGCUCUAGGGCCGCGUCAAGGAAAUUCGGCACGAGCAUUUGGUUUUCUUUUGUCGUACCCGAAGACCCUAUCCCACGGUUAGAAGACAGUUCUCAGGGUUCAGAUUUUAGCCGCAAGUGUCCACCGAGGCUACAAUAGUUUAUCCGAACUACCACCUUUGGUCUAAUCCCCUCCAUUUGAGAUUUAUAGUGAAGCCUUAGGUUCGUUGUCCACAUCCGCUCCUUCGCUGUAUAUAGUGCUCUACAGGAGGGAAAUUUUCUUUGUAAGGGCUGGGAAAUUGUGGAUUUCUUCAGUUAGAUGUGAACCCGACACUGAUCUUCUUAUUUCUCACAUGUGUCUCCAAGGGAGAUCACCUAGAAAUUUGUGAAUUUUGGAGCUUGCUGUAAAGCCGUGAGAAAGGGGUUCGCGGUUCAGACCAAUAAUACCUGGCUAGGCAUUUCAAGCUGCAGAUCAAGAAUGACGUGCGCUUGGGAUGAGAGGCAGUAGUGACGUUUAGUUGUUCCUUCUGUACCAGUUCAUUUUCGGUCGAUGCGUGUGAAGUUUGGGUGUGGAUUUCUUGAAGCUGAGAUUGAAGAAUGCGUUUUCCCACCUUAAGUACAGCGAUCGAUUCGACCUCAUGUGGCCGAGGUGGUGGUGAUUCACUCUUUUCUUGAAGCUUUUGUGGAAUUCUACUUGUUACCGCAUCACCUCGUCUACCACGCUCAGCGAAACUGAAAUGAGAGGAUACGAAGAGGAAGAUUAUAGUGAACAAGGGUCACAUUUUUUCAUUACUGAUUGAUGCGACAAGAGAGAUAAGUUGGUAGCAGCCAUUGAAGCAGAAUAUGGAAGUGAACAACAGAGUUGAGUUGUAGCCUCAUAGUGUGAGGAGAUUCUGUAAAAAUGGGGGUCGAAGAUGGUAUCGAGGCUUUUAUUUCUCGCGCUGAAUUCAUGCGCGAGAGCCUGGGAAAGAGCCGGCAAAUCACUGAUACCAUGAUUACCAUUUUAAGUUCCUUCGACAAUCGAUUAUCUACUCUCGAGACUGCUAUGCGCCCAACUCAAGUAAAAACACAUGCUUUUCGUAAAGCUCAUGAAAACAUCGACAGUACCCUUAAAGAAGCUGAAUCCGUGUUGCAACAAUUUGAGGUUGCCCGUCAGGUGGAAGAUAAAGUGCUCCGGGGGCCAAAAGACGACCUCGUUGGAUUUCUGGAAGCCUGUGACACGCUUCAUACAAAUGUUGAGUAUCUCACUUUCAAUCGUAGCUUGAAAGCAAGUGACACGGCUCUGACUCAUGCUAGGGAUUUGUUUAGCAAAGGCAUGAGCCGACUUGAAGAAGAAUUCAGAGCACUUCUGACUGCUCACAGCAAGCCAGAAGAUCCUGUUCGACUCAUGGAAACUUUGCCGAGCCCUGAGAAGCAUGUGCCAGAAUCUCCACAGCAUGGUGACGGUGCGAAGGCACUAUUGCUGACGAACACUCCUCAUAAUGAUAAAGCCCUCAAUCCUCCAAUUCUUCCUGUUCUGGUGUCGCCAAGAGUUAUACCUCAGCUAACUGCGAUGGCACAGCGCCUAGUUAGUGCUGGUCUUCAUCAACAAUGUCUUAAAAUUUAUAGAGAUGUGAGAGCGUCAACUUUGGAGCAGAGUCUGCGAAAGUUGGGGGUUGAAAGAUUGAGCAAAGAUGAUAUCAUCAGAAUGCCUUGGGAUUUACAGGAGGGCAAGAUUACUAACUGGAUUCAGCACAUGCGCAUUGCUAUAAAACUUUUAUUUUCUGCAGAGCGAAUGCUGUGCGACCAAAUAUGGGCCCGCCUCGAUCCACACAGGGAGAAGUGUUUUGCGGAUGUAACUGAUUCGAGCGUUCAUAUGUUGUUGAGUUUUGGAGAAGCCAUAGCUAGGAGUAAAAAAACACCGGAGAAGCUUUUUGUGUUGCUUGAUAUGUAUGAAACUAUGCGUGAUCUUCAGCCUGAGAUUGAACAGGUAUUUUCAGGAGAUGCAGCUACAGCCAUGCGGGAAGCAGCGACAAGCCUUGUUAGGCGGUUAGGCCAGACCGCUAAAGACACUUUUGCAGAUUUUGAAGAUGCCGUGGACAAGGAUGCAACAAAGACUUUAGUUUUGGACGGGACAGUUCAUAUGCUUACUAGUUAUGUCAUAAAUUACGUCAAAUUUUUGCUGGACUAUCAGAACACACUGAACGAGCUGUUCUCAGACGGCUCCGUGGACAAGGUAUCGCAUUUGACAGCUGCUACAGGUCGCAUUAUGUCAGUAUUACAAGCCAAUCUGGAAGGAAAAGCGAAAUUGUACAGAGACACUGCGCUUUCCCAUUUGUUCCUGAUGAACAACAUUCAUUACAUGGUGAAGUCUGUCCGCAGAUCUGAGGCGAAGGAUAUGUUGGGUGACGACUGGGUACAGAGACAACGAAGAGUUGUUCAGCAGCACAAUAUGUUUUACCAACGAGCUGCCUGGAAUAAGGUGUUGCAAUUCAUAACCGGGUCAGGUGGUGGAUCUAGUGGCGACAGCGGCAUUUCUAAGUCGCAGCUUAAAGAAAGGUUGAAGGGCUUCAGUUUAACCUUUGAAGAGUUGUACAUGCGUCAAAUUCAGUGGACAGUACCUGACAAUGAGCUCAGAGAGGCAGUUCGACUGCAAGCCCAAGAAAUUAUUCUGCCUGCCUAUCGCGCAUUCUUGAAGCGUUACAGCGGCCUGAUUGAGGGAAAGCAAAGUGUGAGCAAGUAUUUGAAGUACAGUCCUGAUGACUUAGAAAGAAUGUUAAACGAGUUGUUCGAAGGUAAGCCCAGACAAGACUCCAGAGCGCAACAAGGGCGACCGGGAGGUCGUUAGUAGACACUCAUGGCCUAAUGUUGCUAUGGAAGGUCAGACUCACAACAUUCUGUCCGUAUAAUUGCCUAGUACAUAAAUUGUUGGGAAGGUCCUACAUGGUGGCUAUCCAUGCAGUGAGCAGGUACAAUUGCAGCAACUUACUUCAGUAUUUACUUCUAGGCUCCUUCUUUGAGUUUCUUUUAUUUACUUUCGGUAUUCUUUUCUGCAAAUGCCCUCGAUCCGAGCACUGCCAUUUAUUGAAUUUGAUCGUAACGCAAAUUGUCUAGUUCAUGCUCUAGUGGAGAAUACAUAGAAUAUUUUCGUCAGGGGAAGUGGGAUUUAGGUGUAAAUCCAUGAAUUCCCAGCACCUGCUUGGCCUGAUGUACUAGUCUUCCUUACAUAUAUGUGGUGGUGAAAGCAGACCCCCUUGCUAGGUCUGGUGCAAAAUAGAGUACAAUUUGAAGUGAAUUCAUGAACCGAUUUGCGUGGUUCUCACUUAUUUUUCUUUUGA